AAUGCAUGACUGAACAGGAAUUCAAGCAUUCUCCAUUAGUGCACGCAGUAAGGUAGGCGAGUCGCUCGCCAUUGCUUUGGUGCGUUUCUAAGGACACAGCAACGAAAGGUAUCGACGCACAGUGAAAGCACGUCUACAGCAGCAUUUUAGCCGUGAGACGAGGCGGGUACAGCAGGAUGGGAACGCCAGCGGUGUGCGAAAUUCUCCUUGCGACUGUGCUCAGUUUAACGGUGGCCAUCGCUUCUGCAAACAUCAUCGACUUAACGUACGAGUAUGCCAACCAGCCCGAUAUGGUUUACUGGCCCGGAUUUCAAACGUGGAACACGUCGACGGUACUGAAAGGCUGGACGGCCGACGGAUUUUACGUUGAGGCCAACACCUUCUGUACGGCCGAGCACGGCGGGACACACAUGGAUGCCCCGCGACAUAUCAUCGAGGGUGCGCGGGGAAUCAACGAGAUCGAACUGAACGAGGUCAUCGGAGACGCUGUCGUCGUCGAUGUUUCCCGUAAGACUGCCAACGAUCCCGACUACCAAGCUACGAUAGAAGACAUCGAGAAUUGGGAGCACGACUACGGCCGCAUUCGCCCGGGAAGCAUAUUCUUGCUGAACACGGGCUGGCAUCGCUACUGGCCGGACAAGGAAAGGUAUCUCGGCACGGCGACGUCUGACACGUCCCUCAUUCACUUCCCCGGCAUACACGAAACUGCGAUGGAAUGGCUCGUGCAGAACAGGAACAUUAAGAUGUACGGCGUUGAUACGAUCUCUCUUGACUACGGACAGGCGCGUGAUCGGCCAGUUCAUAAGAUCCUACUCGGGAAAAAUAUUCCGGGGUUGGAAAACGUUGCUAACUUAGACAGCAUGCCACCUAGCGGUGCGCGCGUGUUUGCUAUACCCAUGAACAUACGCGACGGCACUGGAGCAGCGACGCGCGUGUUUGCUGUCAUAGAUGGCGCCACAAUGCAGCAUGCAAGCGUGACGCUGAUUACGGCCGCUAUGGCAGUCUGCUCUCUCGUGGUAUCGUCUGCUCUGAUGAGCCCGGAAUAAUUAUUCAGUAACUUGCAGCGCACACGGCAUUGUAUUUGCGCCGUUAUGUGGAGCAUAUAGGUGGCCAAAGGGAUGAUAUUUGAGAGGGUUCAAGGCGGUGAUCAAUAAACGGCUCGUAGGUGUUGCUACAGCGCGAUUAAAUGUACUACGUCACGAAUUUUCUAUGGUAAAAUUUGUAAAAAUUUUG